AUGACCACGACUUACAUGCAUGUGUCAAAUAAAUACGUCUUCCCGCAUUUGAAAGGUAUCACAAAACUCCUCGCACUUGAAGAUCCAAAAGAGAUUAAUGUUGCCUUCGACAAAUUAGCAGUUGACGCUCAACUGUCAACGUCUGAGUUCAAAGAUGAGUUGAAGAAUGACUAUCUCAAGCAACAACAACGAAUGAAGGAACGAGCUGACCAAAUUUCGUGCGUCAUCAGUGUACUCAAGGAUGAUCCUCUCAUUAACAACGCAAACGAACAAAACGACGACGAUGCGGAUAUUGACGACUUUUGA